GGUUCCUCCUGUAGUAGCGCUGCCUACACACGUGGGCGCAAUCCUUUGCGCGCAUGCUGUGCGUUUUCAAGUUUAUCCCUUCUGGUCAUACUAUCCUUAUCAUCCAUCGCUUACGGCAGGCUGAUAAAGUGGCUGUCUCCUUACUAGGAGCGAAAGAAAGGUAUCGCAACAAAGUAGGCUGAACAAUGGCUGCACAGAUAUUCAACACCCUUGGCAAGCUUGGCAUUGGCCUAGCAGUUGUGGGCGGCGUUGCCAACAGUGCUUUGUACAACGUGGACGGCGGUCAUCGGGCAGUGAUCUUUGAUCGCUUCACUGGCGUCAAAAACUAUGUGGUUGGUGAAGGCACACAUUUCCUCAUCCCCUGGGUCCAGCGACCAAUCAUUUAUGAUGUGCGGUCACGGCCACGCAAUGUGCCUGUUGUCACUGGCAGCAAAGACUUGCAGAAUGUGAACAUCACCCUGCGGAUCCUGUUUCGGCCUGUGCAAGAGCAGCUGCCUCGCAUGUACACAACCCUGGGUGUGGACUACGAUGAGCGUGUGCUUCCCUCCAUCACCAAUGAGGUCCUCAAGGCGGUCGUGGCCCAGUUUGAUGCGAGUGAAAUGAUCACCCAGCGAGAGGUGGUCUCCCAGAAGGUGUGUGAUGAGCUGACAGAGCGGGCCUCCCAGUUUGGUGUCAUCCUGGACGACAUCUCAAUUACGCACCUGACCUUUGGCAAGGAGUUCACGCAGGCAGUCGAAAUGAAGCAGGUGGCCCAACAAGAGGCUGAGCGGGCCCGUUUCCUGGUUGAGAAGGCCGAGCAGCACAAGAAGGCGGCUGUGAUCACAGCAGAGGGUGACUCGCAGGCAGCAGCUCUGCUUGCCAAGGCCUUUGGCGAAGCUGGCGACGCGUUGGUUGAACUUCGGCGGCUCGAAGCGGCCGAGGACAUUUCGUACCAGCUGUCGCGCUCGCGCAACGUUGUCUAUCUUCCCGCAGGACAGAGCACACUGCUCAGCCUGCCGCAGUAGGUCGUGGUGCUUUUUACAGAUGAAAUUAAAGGGAUGCUAUAAAGCUUU